AUGGCUCCUACAUCCGGAUACUACCAAACGCCCAAUGGGACCAAUACCCAUUUCAUUCAAAUUGGAAACCAAACGGGGACUCUGAUCGUUCUGCUCCAUGGAUUGGGAGGCUCAACAGAUACAUUCACCCCACUGCUCCCUCAUCUACACCCGGAAACGUAUAGACUCGUUUGCGCAGACCUCGAAGGACUCGGAAAGACCCAUCUAUCAUCGCCGGACGUGACAUUAUCCAUCGCUCGCUAUGUCGACGACUUGGACUCUCUCGUGGCAUCUUUGCAGAGCACUGACGAAGAGCCCCUAUUGCUCAUCGGACACAGCCUCGGCGGAAUCAUCGCAACGCACUACGCCGCUCGCCACCCUGAAAGAGUCAAAGGACUUGCGCUCCUUGGGACCGGCCGAUCAAUCGCGAACAUCCCACCGGCCCGCGAGAGGAUGCUAGGUCUGGCUGCAAAGACACGAGUAGAAGGAAUCAAGGCCGCUGCGGAAACAGCAGCCAUCUCAAACUUCCCAAUAGGCGUCGAGGUUGCACAGGAGCUAAGAGACAGUGUCCGAGAAGCAGUGGCACAAAGCGAUGCGGAUGGAUAUGCAAAGGCCUGCGAGGCUGUGGCAGCUCUGGAUCACGUUGAUCCUGAUUAUGGUCGGAUUACCGCGCCGACCUUGCUUCUGGCUGGGAGUGAGGAUGUAAUAUCUCCCCCAGAGAGAUCAUUUGGGCUGAAAGAAUUAAUUGGGGAUGAUUCUUGGGUCACGAUUCUGGAGGGGGUUGGACAUCAGUUUAUCUUACAGGAUCUAGAUGGCUGCGUUGCUGCGUUCAAUGCAUGGUUCGAACGCAUAGAAAAGUACUGA